AUGAGGCGUGAAUUCCUCUGUGUGUACCACAUCGUUACGGAUUAUAUUUGUCGAGUUCAUCCACAUUGUCGUCGUCGUCGUCGUCGUCGUCGGAACUCGUUUGUCGGUGGCGGCGGACGUCGUCCAUGUUCCCAUCCGUGGGGAUAUGCGCCUAACAGCUUUGCUGCUGAGACUUGGGACCCAUCGGUUGGGACUUUCACUACCGACAGUCCCGAUGGCGGCAGUGACGAUUGCAGCCAGGUGUUUGUCAUGCAAGAACCGCGUCAUGUUUUGUAUGUAAAUAAGGCCGAUUCAUUGCUGGUUAACGCUGACGUACGUACGUACGUACGUACCGCCGACGGUCCGCCAUCCGUGUGUCUGGGAAGUGUCGCUCGCCUCCGCGGACCUCAUUGUCGAGGACUUUCGGCGUAUCAUGAAUGGCGCGGACAACAUACGGACGUACGUCGCAUCGUCGCGAGAAUAGGAGGAGUAGGAGAAGGAGGUGGAGGAGGAGGAGAAGGAGGUGGAGGAGAAGGAGGUGGAGGAGGAGGAGGUGAGCGUGAGUGA